GUUGGGGCCCGAGCUUGGAAGGGGGGCAAUGUGUUGCUUUUCUUCUGUGAUGUGGACAUCUACUUUACUGCUGACUUCCUCAACACCUGUCGUCUCAAUACACAACCUGGUAAAAAAGUUUUCUAUCCUGUGUUAUUCAGCCAGUACAACCCCAGCCUUAUCUACGGUGGCCCUGAUCAUAUCCCACCUGUGAAAGAACAGCUGAUGAUCAAGAAAGACACUGGAUUUUGGAGAGACUUUGGUUUCGGCAUGACCUGCCAAUACAGAUCUGACUUUAUCAACAUAGGUGGGUUCGAUGUCGACAUCAAAGGCUGGGGAGGCGAAGACGUCCACCUUUACAGGAAAUAUCUCCAUAGCAACCUACUGGUGGUCCGUGCACCGUCGAGAGGCUUGUUUCACCUGUGGCACGAGAAACGCUGUGCUGACGAGCUGCCCCCAGAUCAGUUUCGCAUGUGCAUGCAGUCCAAAGCGAUGAAUGAGGCAUCACACGGGCAACUGGGCAUGCUCUUCUUUAGACACGAGAUCGAGGCCCACCUCCGCAAACAGAGACAGCAGCAAAACCCAAACCCCAAGAAGACCUGAAGUCUGAGGUGGAGUUUAAAUCACAUUUCUGCAAUAACUGCAAUGAAAUGGAAAAAAUCCCUUUGAUUCCAGCCGUACUCAAUCUCAUUUCAUUAACUGAGGGAUACUGAAGGCUUUUUUGUGUUCUUAAGGAUUCGAAACUCAUGAUUCCUCUUAUGUUAUUCCAUAAAGGACAGGUUUUUUUUUCUUAAUUUGCUGAAUUGAAUUUCAUUGCUGAAAAGAUGGCUUUCACUUACGAAAUGGGAGCGCUCACGUUGUAUCUACAAUAUGUGAGCUUUUGCUGGCCAACGGGUGAAAAACCUCGCUUGCAUUUGCAUUGUGCGCUCCAUCUAUUACGUACGAACCAGUGCAUCUGAGCUCCAGCUUACAGAUAUCAUGUGUAAAAGACAGACAAGGAACAUUUCUCUGCACUUGCAGCAAGGCCUUUCAGGAGCAAUCAGGGAGCCAAAAUAAAUAAAUGGCUGAGGAGAAAGCACAAAGACUCGAAGCUCCGCUAUAUUUUGGCUCUCUUUACCCACGUGCCUUGUUUUACUGAUGUCUACGCCAACAUCAGUUAGGGAUGGACAACAAGUGAAUUCAGGGCCCAAUUACAUUUUAAUUGUGUGCAGGCUACUGGUGCCACUUGGUGGAUCGAAAAGAACAGUGAAUUAAAUGAAGGACUUUUCUGAUAGCCUGGAAUGGCUUUGUUUGAAAAUGAAAUUAAAUGAAAGAAUCUUGAUUUCCGGUUUGGGGAACAUGUGAUCUUAUUUUUCAUUGUUAUCCCUCACUGUAUAUUAUUAAAGUUUUUCUGCUAUUUUUUUCUAAUGUAACUUUUUUUGUUUUUGUUUAUGUUUUUUUUAAAUUUUGAAAUGUUCUUGACUGGACAGUAUUUUCAUGUGUUGGCCUGGCCAUCCCUCUUUCAAAUAUCCAUAUUAUUGACUUUUUUUUUUAACAUGGAACAUUCUGUUUGCUAAAGAAAGGGGUUCAGUGUAUGCAAGGAUAUUUAAGUUAACGUAGCUGUGAAUUCAACAUGUGUCAAUAACAAUACUUUGUAUGUACUAAAUAGUUCUGUACCACGCAUUUAAGUUAUGGACACAACAAAAGAAUUUACUAAAUUCUUAGAGGAAAGAAUAUUCAUCAUCAACUAGCAGUAAUACUAUUUGCUGAGCUGAUGUACUGCACUAACGAUGACUUGACAAGUCUGAAUGAACCUUAUGAACCCAAAUACACCUUAUUCUGUCAUUCUCAUGUGACCCUUGUGCACACAUUAACAUGAUGUUAAAAUAAGCACAAGCAGAGCAUGAUCUAUGGUGCAAUAUAGUCAAAAUAAAUGUGACUUUAACUUCACGACUAACUGGUCGCAAUGGCUGGAAAUAGAUUGUUGAUAGCACAGAGUAAAGGCCCUCGCCCAUCUUUUGAACUUGUUGUUUGUUGUUGUUUUUAUUUUAUUGUUUUUGUUGCUAUUGUUUUGCCUUAAAAAUCUUACAUUAGCACUUCAUUAUGGAAUUGAUUAUUAUUAUGGAAACAUUAGCAGUCAAAAUGGGCUGCCUUUUUUAUUUGGUCACCAAAGCUAUGAAAAAGUAUGCACUUUUUGAAUUGUGUGUUCUCGUAUUUAAGUGAUUGGUAAGCUAGGACAUUUCUGGACAUUUUUGAGCAGCCCUCGGUUUAUGUCUCUUUUUUUUCUGUUCACUUUAAGAAGUUCAAUAAAGCAUUUUAUUUGU